CUCAGUGUGAUAGUGAUUAUUUAUUUUACCAUAACACUGGAACAUUUACAUCGAAUUUACAAUAUAUUGGAUAUCACACACCUUCAGGAUGUUUUACUCUCUAACUCAAAUCCUACGCCUGGACGAACCAUUUUCUUCCACGAGACCACUUGCAAUAAUCGCAGUUCGGAAGAUUCCCAGUUCCAAGUGAUGAAUUUGACGGUCAGACAAGCUUGUGCAAUUGAAUCAGCUGCAUUACAUAAUCCAAAUUUUGAUGUGUUCGUUCUGUUUACCUGCCCUACGCGACGUCCUCUAUCCAUCGCCCAAAAGUCCCUAAUCAAUGCAAUAGAAAGCUAUUCGAAUGUUCAGUUCCGGCAGUUAGAUGUAAAAAGGUAUGCGAAAGGUACUCCAGUCGAGGUUUGGAUCAAGAAAGGUUAUGUGCUUAAAGGACGAUUUCCAGUACACCACACUUCCGACUUACUUCGUUUGAUAAGUCUUUAUCGCUAUGGAGGCAUCUACAUGGAUAUGGAUGUUAUUGUCCUGCGCAGCCUAGAGGAUGUGCCCUUGAAUUAUCUGGGUGCAGAAACUUUCGAUCUCUUGGGCAAUGCUGUCAUCAGUCUGAAACCCAAUGGCACAGGCCACGAGAUUGCCGAAUUAUUUCUCCGAGAUUUCCAGAUAAACUACAAUGGUCGACAUUAUGUAGAUAAUGGGCCAGCUCUUGUGACACGAGUUGUUACAGCAAUUUGCGGUGUAAAACUCGUUAAGGCCAUACAAGAGGACAGCAAAACUUGUCGGGGGCUUAAGUUAUUUAAUUCAACGGCCUUUUAUGCGAUUCCCUGGCAGCAAUGGGAGCAUUUAACAAAGCCCCAAUACUUGAAAGACACAAUGGAAAAGACUAAAGACUCGUAUUUGAUUCACUUAUGGAAUAAGGUUUCCAGUAGGGGACUAAUAAAGGUCGGUUCCAACACAGCUUAUGGCAAGUAUGCGGAAAAACAUUGUCCCAAGUCUUACGCUGCAGCUGGUGAAUAUUUUUAA